AUGUAUUCAACUAUUCUGUUCAAUGGAGUGUCGAUCUAUGCUGUUUCUCAGCCUAACAUUACUCAAGACUGCAACUCCAGCAGCUGCACCCUGACCUGUAAGGCAACGGAGGACGAGCACUCUCAGUACACCUGGACAGAUAGCAGGGGUGAGAGGAAGGAUGGGCCUGUGUGGACUGUGGAGAACAGAGCUGAAGACCAGGGUGUGACCUACACCUGUAAUGUCAGUAAUCCAGUGAGCUGGAAGAUUGGAACUUUCACUGUGCCGGGCAGGAUUGCUUAUGAUGCUGUUUCUCAGCCUAACAUUACUCAAGUCUGCAACUCCAGCAGCUGCACCCUGAGCUGUAAGGCAAAGGAGGACGAGCACUCUCAGUACACCUGGACAGAUAGCAGGGGGGAGAGGAAGGAUGGGCCUGUGUGGACUGUGGAGAAGAGAGCUGAAGACCAGGGUGUGACCUACACCUGUAAUGUCAGUAAUCCAGUGAGCUGGGCGAUUGGAACUUUCCCUGUGCCAGGCAGGAUUGCUUAUGGAAAAAUCUUUGGAAUUGGUUCUGCUGUUCUUGUUUUGAUUGGGAUUGGGAUUGGGAUCUUCUGCUGUUGGAAAAGGAAAACUUGUAUUUGGAAUCUAUCAACACCAGGAACUGAAGAGUUAUCAUGCAGUGGGAACAGAACUGAUGCCACAGCAGAGAACGGUGAUGCCGUGGGGAUAAAACGUAGCGAAUUACAAGAACUACUCGGCCAGACAAGAGACGCAUCAAAUAGAGUCCAUGGGCAUGCUACAAAUGCAGAGAAUGGUGAUGCAUCACAUGAAGUGGUAAUUAAUCUGCAUGAGUUAUCAUGCAGUGGGAACAGAACUGAUGCCACAGCAGAGAACGGUGAUGUGACCCCAGACCUCACUUCUCAGCAAGACACAAAAGAGGAAGUGCCAAAGCUUGAGACCUCUGAGGUGGACGUGGAUUAUGGGGAAACCCCAGAUGAUGCCAACGCACCCUUCUUUGAUAAAAAUGUUAUCUAGGUGCUUUCCAAAGACCAUGCUGGUGUUUUCAACUCUCCAUCUUCUCUAACAUUGGACAUAAUCACGUUCAAAUCAAUACAGAAACAACUAUUGAAGGAUUUUAUUUAUAAGCCUGAGACUAGAUGGUAGCCUGUUACAAUUGUAUUCCCUAAAGAGUAAUAUGUGCUGGUCACAUGUCACAGAAGUAUUUUUGGCUGCUCUGUUCUCAGGAAUUUAAAUUGUUUUAAUGGUCCUAUGAUCCAAUGAUACUGAUACUAACACAGUACUGACUGGCAUUUAGAGACUGUAUCUGUUGGUACUAUCAGCUGCUCUUCAAGCUGGCUUGAACUGUGACGUAACUAUGCUGACAAGCUGUCAAUCAACUGGCCAUCAGCUUGUGAAGACUUUGUGAAGGAAAGAGGAAUCCCCACAGUGGACACUGUAAAAGACUUUCUUUCACUUUGUGUGUGAAGACAAAACGUGGCCAUUUGUUGGUCUGCUGCUGUUCUGCCAUUGUCCACAUUUAGUGUCAUAAUGUUAUUACGGUAUAUGAAGUAUUCUCUGUGCUGAGAUCAAAUGAAGUUUUGUACCUGUGUUGUGCAGCGAGGCAGUCAACACUCCGAUUGCGGUACAGACUGUUCGUAACUGUGCUUUUUGAGUGUUGUUUUUACGGGCUACAUGUGUUUUUUGUUUACAUUCUGAUCAUGUGGGGGUGGUCAUGUGCUUUCCGUUUUUGUUUUGAAAAGCCAUGUGGCUCUGACUCCACCCUGUCCUUUGUUUGGUUUCCCGUCAUUCUGUGUGCACACCUGAUUUCAGUUUGUUGCAAUUGGUUUGUGGGUAUUUAAGCUCGGUGUGCCUUUCAGUCUCUGCCAGAUCGUGCCAGUUAUUUACCUGUACCUUUCCAGUGUUAGUAAGUCUGCCAUAUCCUGUCUGCCUGUGUUUUUGACCUUUUGCCUGUUUCUUGACCUGACCCUGUUGGAUUCUGUUUUGGAUACUUCUGCCUUGAACUCUGUUUGGAUUAUUGGAUUUUUGACCCUUGCCUGCCUGUUGACUACGAUACUGCCUUUUCCCUCUGGAUGGUUGCCUGUUAACUUUAUUAAAAACUCUGAAACUUGAGCUGUGUUGUCUGCAAGUGGGUCCUUCACUACUGAGAGUCUUAACAACAGACUAGUGGCCUUAUUCGGGCCGGUGACCAAGACUGUUAGCUUGCCAUUGUUCCAGUCAAGGUCAAAUCCCAAAAGAGCCAAAGAAUAAUUGAAACCUAUGCCUUUCUAGACCAAGGGAGUUCAGUACCUAUGCCUUUCUAGACCAAGGGAGUUCAGUGUCUUUCUGUACGGUGGGUCUCAUGGAUAGACUGAA